ACUUUGAGGUUAUGUUAGGUCUAUUUAUGUUGUUAAUAGUUCAUGUGACUGAGACCUACUACAUAUUGUCUCCUUCGUCUGACGGCUUGAACUUUAUCAUAUAUAGUAUAUAAAAAUCAAUGCCUAUACGAUUUUUUACUUUUUGCUGAUUUCAUAGCAGUGACAAAAUUGUCAAGGUUUUGUGAUAAGAUGACUUGCAGACUUUCAAAACGAGCCCAACAAAUGGUGGAUAAAAGAGACUUCUUAGAUCAUUAUACUAUGUUGUGCAUGCAUGAUCCAUUUGAUGAAAAUACUAAUAAAGAGGGGUAUGUUAACCUUGGAACAUCUGUCUCUGCACUUUGUGAAGAUAUAAUAUUGAAACGUGUCAAUGAACCGCACCUAUUUGAAUUUGAUUCCAAGGAACAACAUUAUUUCCCAAUGUGGGGCGUUCCAGAAUUUCGUGAAGCAAUUGCAUCUUGCCUUACUCGCCAUUUUGCUCCCAGUUCACCAGUUUGCCCAGAAAAUGUGUUGGUAGUUAAUGGUGGAGUAGCAGCCAUGGAAGUUUUGGCAUGUUGUUUGUUAGAUCCGGGCGAUGUUCUUCUUACUCCGAGUCCCUGUUAUGCCCGAAUCUUUGUCAACUUUAGUGAAAGAUUUGAAGUUCAUGUUGUGGAUGUCUUACUUAGGGAUAAGAAUGAGAUCAGCAUUGGAGAGACAUCAACAUUUGAGCUUACUGCUGAUGUUCUGGAAGCUGCCAUUAUGGAGCAGUUGGCAAGAGGGAGUACAGUGAAGGCAUUCUUCCUUGUUAACCCCAAUAAUCCUCUAGGGGAAGUUUAUGGCCCUAAGUUGGUACUACAACUAAUGGAGGUGUGCCAUAGAUAUGGACUGCAUUUUAUCUCGGAUGAAGCAUAUGCACUGUCAAUUUAUGAAUCACAAACAACAUUCCAAAGUGUGCUGAGCCAACCGUCUCUUCCAGACCCGCAGAGGACCCAUGUUAUUUGGUCCUUUAGUAAGGAUAUGAACCUGGCCGGGAUACGGAUAGGUGCUGUUAUUACUCAGAAUAAAGAUUUGUUGCAUGUUGUGAAGAAUACUUCCAUGUACACUGCAGUGCCUGCAAUUGUCCAAAAAGCAGCAACCAAGUUAUUAAAUGAUGCAGUAUGGAUGGAUGAAGUGUUCUUACCAAUUCAUCAGCAGCGUCUCUGUGAAGCUGCUCACAAAACACGAAGCACCCUUGCCUCCCUUGGUGUCGAAGUUCGACCUGCACAAGCCGGUUUCUUUCUCUGGGCUGACUUCAGACGCUUCCUACCAACUCUGAACCACGAUGGGGAAUUAGCAUUGUUCAAACAUUUCAUGGCUCGUAAAGUGUACGUUACUCCAGGCUCAGAGAUGAGAUGUGCUGAUCCUGGGUGGUUUCGUAUAGUGUUCAGUGCUGCACCCCAUAUUUUGGAAGAAGGACUGUCAAGAAUUGCUGACACUCUUAAGGAGUUUAACAUCACAAAACAGGACUUAUAG